AUCAGAAAUAUAUUAUGUGUGGUACUUCUCAAGUAACUAUUGAGACUUCUACUUUAGGUAGGAUUUAGUAGAAAGACGAGGCUUCCACUGAAACAGAUAAAUUAUGAAGUUACAUGUGUAAAGUCAUUGGAAAGCCAUGGACACAACAAAGCCUAGAUGAACUAAAUUUCUAGAAAAGGAAGAGCUCUCAUGAGUGAGCUGACAAUCCCUGGAUGUUUUAUUCCUUAGAUCAUUUACCAAUUCUGGUCAUAUUGACUCUGUUUUUGGCACAGAGACUCUACUGGGACAAAGAGAAGCCAGGUGAGUUUUUGAAGACCUUGGGUGUGAACAUACCAGAUUUGAAUCUACAGAAGCUGGAAAUAUACCAUGGAUAUUUGCUGAACGUUGGAGUAUAAAAGAGCCUGGAGAACUGGCCCAGAAAAAUCUUCAAUUUUUUGGUGCUUAGGAGGAUAUGGUAAAACAGUAAAUGCAAAUCAUGGAUGAAAUUUAUAAGAUCGCUUCCACAGAAAGGAUCCAGCAGUUAGAAAAAGAACUGGCUUUGCAACUGACUGAACUAAAGUCUGAGAUAGAAGAACAGGAGACUCAUCAAGCUUACAGCUCUAUUCGAAUGCCCAAGGACAUUUCUUACUUUCGAAGAGAAAGGGAAUUGGCUCUAAAGAAAACUUUACAGGUGGCUGAGUCAAAGCCCCUUGUUGUUCAAGCAGAUGUCAUGCAGAGGGAGCUAGAGAGCUGCCUAAGAAGAGAGUACACUCCUGAAAAUUUACCUUUGCUUCUGUUGCAGUAUUAUACAGAGAGAAUUACCCAGCUGGCCCAGAGUAAAUAUUUACACAUGCUUAGAUGGAAGAGGUUUUGCCAGCACAGUAAGAUUAUGGAGCAACUUUAUCCUCUUUACAAGAAACAAGUUGCCUACAUUAUGCAGGAAUACAAUGAUGCCCUUCAGAGAGCUGAAAGAUUGUCUGUUGCACGAGAAAACUUCCUUCUGGGAAAAAACAAUCCUUCUAACUUAGUGACACAAGAAGACCUGACUAUUUACACAAAGUGGAUUGUGUGUCACCUACACUCGCUCAGGACUGUUCACCACUACCUAUGGUCCCUCCAGUAUUUGCCCAUCUCCAAAGUGCUGAGUGUAGCUAUUGAUGAAUUUCCUGAGGCUUGUCAGGAGAAUGAAAAUGUAUGUGUUGAUGACAUCGACCCUAAUAUCCAGAGUUCUGGAUCUCUAGACCCUGUGGAUACCAGCAUUUCAGGGCUGACAAGAACAGAAGCUGCUUUCUCCCUGCCCCAACACAUGACUGAAAGAGAAGGACUGAAACCCCAGCUGAGAGCUAAGGGAUGCUACUAA